AACCAACUAGACCCACCGUCCCUUUGGAAUGUUGAAGUGGAUAAGAUCUUGUCCAGCUCAAGCCACCUGAAUCUGAUUCAGAAACUCCUUGUCUCAAACUUCUUAACCAAAAAAAACAAAACUCUUUUCUGGAUUCUUCUCCUUUUUCUUAAAAACAGCAAUCUUGAUGCGUGUACACAUACUUUAGGCGUCUUCAUCUAAAUUUCUUCUCUCUAUUUGCUUGCUUCUGUGUUUCUGUGUAACAAUGCAUUGUUCACAAGUACCAGACAUAGACAUAGGCACAUAGCUUCAGAUUUCAGGGUUUUUUUUUUUUUGCAGUUUUUUUUUCCUCAGAUUUCAAAUGACAAAUUCUGUUUUAUGUUUCUCUGCGUAUCUAUACAUUUUUCUUCUUGUAUUUGGUUUGACUUAACGUCAACAUCAGGUUUAUAUUCAGUGGUUAAAUUAGGCUCCUCUUUGCAGAUUCUUUUUGUUUUUGGCCAAUCAGAUUCUUUUUGUUUAAUCUAUCUGAUUAAAAGACCCCAAAAUUUUUAUCCUUUCUGUGUCUUUUGGAAACCCAGAUUUGAGAAUAAAACUCUGGGUUUUGGGGGUUAAAAGGGACUUAAUGGGUGCCAACAUAUCUGGUGCUGUAGUGGACGGGGAUGAAGGUGGCCCUCCAUGGAGGCCAAAACUUGGUGACAUACCAGAGAGCUGUGCGGCCUUGGUUUUGGCGCAGUUAGACCCACUCGAGAUUUGCAAAUUGGCUCAGUUGAACCGAUCUUUUCGCAGUGCUUCGUCCGCUGAUUUUAUAUGGGAAUCGAAAUUGCCCUCAAACUAUAGGUUCAUUGUAGAGAAAGUGCUAGGAGAUACAACUUUGUUAAAUCUGCCGAAGAAAGAUCUUUAUGCCAGGUUGUGCAGGCCUAAUCACUUUGAUGCUGGCACAAAGGAGAUAUGGUUAGAUAAGAAUACAGGUGGGGUUUGUUUAUCAAUUUCUUCCAAGGCCUUGACAAUCACAGGGAUUGAUGAUCGGAGAUAUUGGAGUCAUAUUUCCACCGAGGAAUCUAGAUAUCCUACAGUAGCAUACCUUCAGCAAAUAUGGUGGUUUGAAGUAGAUGGAGAGCUUGAGUUUCAAUUCCCGGCAGGGACAUACUGCCUAUUCUUCAGACUCCAGCUUGGGAAAUCCUUGAAGAGACUCGGUCGUCGGGUUUGUAAGCCUGAGCACAUCCACGGAUGGGACAUAAAACCCGCUCGGUUCCAGCUAUCAACUUCUGAUGGUCAACAUGCUGUAUUUCAGUGUUAUUUAGACAAUCCUGGGAACUGGGUUCUCUACCAUGUGGGAGAUUUUGUUGUUGAGAAUCCUAAUGCAUUGACAAAAAUCAAAUUUUCAAUGACCCAGAUUGAUUGCACUCAUACCAAAGGAGGCCUUUGUGUCGAUGCUGCCUUAAUAUACCCCAGUACUGUAAGAAAAGAGGUUAGAUCAUGCUCAUGAGAAAUUAAGAGCUGUAAAUACCGAAUUGUAAUCAAGGUUGGUUUCCUAGCUUUCGGAGUGUUUCUGUUAUGAAAAAAGUACAUAUAGAUAAUUUUCUCUUCCGGUUAUUAUUUUUCUUGAAAUAAUUCAUCAAAUUUUAAGUGUUUUAUUUGUAAAUCAAAAUUUCUUUCCGAUAAUUUUGUAUAAUAUACUUCUUCUUGGUUCCAGUAAACUUAUUUAUACAGAAUCCCUUUCUUGUCCUGCUGCUUAUUAAGAGGACCUUUAAGCCUUCAACAACCCUUGAUCUCCAGCCCCUGCUUGCUUCUGAGGGGCUAAUGGAAACCAUCCUAGGAACAAAGGUAUUCUUUCUUCUCAUGAUAGGGAAAUCAAAUUAAAAGUGGUCUGUUCAGCAAUGGUCCUUUCUUUUCCAACAUCACAUUGGAAUUGUGUUCUCGACACACUUAUCAGCAGCAGCCUCAUGUGUUUUUUUUCCUGGAUGUUUUGUGUACUCUUUUUGCAUUACGUUGUGACAUCCGGACGUGUGCUUUAACCAAAGCUCGUGUUCUCCCUCAAGGGUCACAGGUAAUGGGACACACACAAACAUUGCAAAAGUUGUGUGAGUUCAUGGAACUUGGAAUGAGGUUGUCAACUGGUUUUUAACUUGACACAAUUAACAGCAAGGAGCAAAUUAAAUUGUUUUGUCCCCAAGUAUAAGAUUGUGGCAUGUUGAGCUGGAAAGAUAUGUACUGACCUGAUCGAAUCCUCAGUAGUAAUUGCUUCAGUUUUCACA